AGUUGAAAAUCACGUUAUGAACUCACUUCCCUACAUUUUUCUUCUCCUUCUCUCCCUCCGCCUCGCCGGAGCUUCCGAUUCUCCUCCGCCUUCCGCCGCGCUCUGUAAAACCACUCUCUACCCUAAGCUCUGCCAUUCGAUUCUCUCCUCCAUCCGAUUCUCGCCCUCCGAUCCCUACGGCUACGGAAAAUUCUCCGUCAAACAGUGUCUGAAGCAGGCGAUCAAAAUGUCGAGCGUAAUCGGCGGCUACCUUCGCCGUGGAGGCGGUUCGAGGCUGAAUCAGCGGGAGGCCGGCGCGCUCGACGACUGCAGAGAGCUCGCCGAUUUGAAUGUGGAGUUUCUGCGGUCGAUUGAGAGCGUAUUGGAGGCGGCGGAGGGCGUGGAUGAGCAAGUGGUGGAGCGCGUCGAGAGUAUUUUGAGCGCGAUCGUGACGAACGGCCAGACGUGUAUCGACGGAUUGGUGGAAUCGAAGAGCAGUUUGGGGAGUGCGCUAUCGGCGCCGCUGUCGACUGCCGGGGAACUGUACAGCGUGUCGUUGGGAUUGGUUAAGAACUCGCUGUCGCGGCGGUGGAAGAAGCGGCGGCAGAGUUUUCCGGGCGGCGGAGGGAACAGAGAGCCACUGAUCACGCUGAUCAAGGGACUGCGAAAAAUGGGGUCCUGCAACCAAUCCACAAUCUGCUCAGGAAGGGAGCGUUUGUUAACUGAUUUAGGCACCACUGGAAUUUUCAUCAACAACACUGUGGUUGUUAGCUCAACUGGUGCUGACAACUUCACAUCAAUUGGUGAUGCAAUUGCAUUUUCUCCCAACAAUUCUAUGCCUGAAGAUGGUUACUUUGUUAUAUAUGUUAGAGAAGGAUACUAUGAAGAGUACGUCGUCGUCCCCAAAUACAAAACCAACAUAAUGCUCAUCGGAGAUGGCAUUAACCGAACAGUGAUCACUGGAAACCACAGCGUCGUCGAUGGUUGGACGACUUAUAAUUCUUCUACCUUUACUGUUUGUGGGGAUGGAUUUGUUGCAAUAGACGUGACAUUUAGGAACACAGCAGGGCCAGAGAAGCACCAAGCAGUGGCAGUGAGGAACAGUGCAGAUCUCUCAACAUUCUACCGCUGCAGCUUUGAAGGCUAUCAAGACACUCUCUAUGUGCAUUCCUUCCGACAAUUCUACAGAGAAUGCGACAUCUACGGCACCGUAGAUUUCAUAUUCGGCAAUGCCGCUGCGGUUUUCCAGCAAUGCAACCUCUAUGCCAGAAAGCCCCUACCGAACCAAAAGAAUGCCUUCACAGCGCAGGGUCGAACCGAUCCGAACCAAAGCACAGGCAUCUCAAUCCACAACUGCACGAUCAGAGCUGCACCCGACUGGGCAAUGGACUCGAACGCGACGAUAGCGAACUACCUCGGGCGGCCAUGGAAGCAGUACUCAAGGACAGUGUACAUGCAGUCAUACAUUGGGGAUUUGAUCAGCCCUGUGGGAUGGCUGGAGUGGAAUGGAACAGCAGGGCUGGAGACAUUGUAUUAUGGGGAGUUUGAGAAUCAUGGGCCAGGAGCAAACACAAGUAUGAGGGUGAAUUGGCCUGGCUAUAGCUUGAUGAAUGCUACACAGGCCAUGAAUUUUACUGUCUAUAACUUCACUAUGGGAGAUACUUGGCUGCCUUAUACUGAUAUCCCCUUCAAUGGAGGUCUGGUAUGAAAUUCUUUCACCUUAAAUUAUCAUCUUUCUUUCAAGUUUUUGGUGAAUUGUUGAGAGAGAGCUGAGUUUCUAUGGAUACACACUGUAUACAUUCUUGGGAGCUGGGGAAUUUUUUUGGAGAGAACUCCAAAUAUUUUCAAAAGAGGAACCUAUAGAUAAGUUAAGUUUAUGAUGUUAAUCCUGGUUCGGAGCGUUUAGGGGAGAGAAAUCAAUCGUUUUUGGUAUUAAGCUCGAAAUUGAGAUUUCUUAGUCAGUAAGACAAGAGACCCUAGACCUUCGCUAACUAGGCUACCUCUUCAAGGCUAAAAAGAAAAGGCCCUUUUUAUAGUUAUUA